GUACAAUGUCAUUGACCAUUCCUCCAAUUGAACCUGCAAGAAUAUAUAACUUUAGUGGUCCUGACGUUUCUUCCCAUUAAUAUCAAUGUCAUUUGCAACCCGAUUCUUUUUCAUUAUCUAGGAUGUGAGUUGUAAAGGUCCUACCCUUCAAUCAUGAAUUUUUGUGAAGCAGAAACCUACUUAAUAGUUUCUUUAAUAAGGCAAGCUAACAUGAGAGCCUCCUCAAGUAAAUAGUUUCUCGUUUCCUCUAUAUAUUUGGCUUCUAGCUGAUGAUCCACUAAUUAUAUUGUACAAGGCUCUUCCAUUGUUAAGUUUCUUUCAGGGGGACCUCCCAAGCUGUUCCUAUUCAAGGAUUUCUCAUGGCCCUUUGAAUAAUAUCAAUCCUGUUGAUUCCGCAUUUUCUAGAGCUCUCAAAUCUGUCCUUUGCAACUUUUUGUUCUCUUCUAUCAUCCUUUUCCUCUUUGUAGUUUUCCACUUUGAAAGUCAUUUUCUGCUCUCUUUUGCUAUGCUUUUGCGCGAAACUCCUUUCCCCAACAGGAGCUGAAUGGCUAUGAUUACCUUGACACCAUCUUUCAACCCCAAUCACCCACAACCAUAUUCCCUGGAAGACAGCACCGGCAACAACAACAACAACAACGUCCGUGAUGCGUCUUUUUCUUCGUAUCUGAACAACACAGAGGAGAGUUUCAUAAACAAGCUAGCUCAGAGCAGUGGUCAAAGCCUCAAUUUCAAGAAGUUCCAUCCGGAGGAGCAGCUUUAUAAGGAGGAGGAUGGAGAAAUUGGAGUGUUUGGAGCUGAAAAGUACUUCAAUGGAGGGAGCGAUCAGGAGGAGUGUCCAAGAAUUUCCAAAAUGGGUCCAGGGCCAUCCCAGUCCCAUUCACAAUAUGGCGAGAAGGAAGAUCCGCAACCUCAUGUCACAACACAGAUGGUUAAACCGAAAUCCCAAUCCGCCGCUCCGAGCGUCCGUUCCGAAUCGAGCUGGAACAGCCAGAGCGGAUUGCUUCAGAGCUUCCUGAGGAAUCCUUCUCAGCGCAGGACCAACAAGACAAGCAAUGGGAAGAGAUUCUUAGCUUCUCUUGGAUGCAAAUGCUCCUGCUCCGGUAAGGGCUCAGUUGACGUCGAUGACCAUGUUGGUGAGAUCAGUUUCGGCACGAACACUACUUCCAGUGCACUCCAAGCCAAGCCGAGCAAGAAAAUGCCAAUCUUGGAUCCCUGGAUGACUGAAGAGAUGCGAAAGAAAGAAAACCUGUUCACUCCAAGCUCUCUCAAGCAAGUACCCGUGGAUCUGCCAGUUAUAAAGACCCCUUUCCUGGAGGAGGAAGAACUGCCCAAGAAGUCACUGGAGGUUUUCGGGUCCCCGGUGUACGAUAAAAUAAAGAACUCAUUCUCCUUAGAGAAGAGGCUCACAAUGUUGUCGUGGGAUGGCACUAAUGCCAUUCCAAGGAAGGAGGGACUUUCUGAAGUUUCCGCAAGCUCCAAUGGAGUCGGAGUCGGAGUCGGAGCCUACAACGGCGUGGACUGUGAUAGUGAUGCUAGUUCGGACUUGUUCGAGAUAGAGAGCCUGACCGGGAAAGUGAAUUCGUACCUCACCAGGCAGGCCUCUGAUGCAACAAACUCAGAUUGCAUAAACUGCACAACACGGUAUGCACCGAGUGAAGCGAGCAUUGAAUGGAGCGUCGUCACCGCGAGUGCCGCGGAUGUCUCGGUCAUGUCCGAUUAUUCAGAAGCCCCCAUUACUAGCCCUGCAAGGACUGCUUUAACUGCCAACAAGGCUGGCAGGGGCAGAUCCGAUGCGCCCGGGUGGCGGCGGUCUAGUACUCUGCUGGGGUGCAAGAGUCAGAAAGCCGUACAAGUAGCCGAAGAUGCUUACAGGACUAGCGACAGGUCACCGCGUGUCUGCCGCAGUUCCGACGAGUCCGCUCAGGCAGUGAAGUUCCGGGCUGAGUCGAGGCUCAUGGGGAUCGAGCCCAAGAAUGGACAACACGUGGACACUGCCGCAUGCUUGGUUCCUGGCUCGCACGUCCCGAACGGCCCGAAGCUCUUAUACAUUCAGUGAUCCGGGGGGGCAUCAGCAAUGUCGCGAGUUUCUUCAUUUUGCGAUGGAAUAGUAGUUGAAUUCGAGUCACAUGUAAUUUGGGUCAAUGUUCUAAAAGUAAUCAUAGUAACUGGGCAUAUUCCAUUUACAAGCAAUAGUUUUUCUCUAUCGGCAGAUCUGAAACUUCAGAUGAUUGAUCACGUUGCUAUGUCA